UUGCGUGCCUAAGGGGAGUUUCACAUCGGCGACCCACAAGGGGAGUAGAGAGGGUAAAAACAAAUUCGGAAAUCAUUUCAACAAGACUACAAAUAAGUACUUGCACUUCCUCUUCUCUUUUUUGGCGGCUGCGAUUCUUUUCUUCGAGCUUUUGUCACCUAAGUUCCACAAUGACGCAUAAACCCUAGUUUCUCUUCGCAGAUAUUUCAGCAUAGCGAUCAGUUUCAGAGUAUUACCACUGAUUAGUUUCAGAGUAUCACCAUUGAUCAAUUCCAGAGUAUCACCAUUAAGUAAAUAAGCAAAUAAAUAAAAACCAGCCUCCAAUGAUGGAGGUUUCUCUGGGGCAAAAACAGAAGCACCACGAGUUCACAUUAUUAUCCUUCUCUCUACUACCAUCCUCUUCUUCACCUUCUUGUUCAUCAGCAGUGGCUUGUUUCAGCACCGAGUGUGGAGCUACCAAGCUUCAGUUCCACCAAAAAUCAGAAUCUGCCGAGGUUGUUCACGUCGAUAUUUCUACCGCACAGCUUUUCAAGUUAGGCCCUGUCAAGUCCGUAUGCAUAAGCGAAAGUUCUGAAGGCAACAGGAUGGUAAAGUCUUAUUCAAGGGGAAUUACUCUUCGAUUUAGAACAGAAGACGAGAGCAAAGCCUUCCAUUGUGCAUUUGAACAAUGGAAGAGCAAAGCAGUUGAUGCUAGUGCUGGAGCAUGCUUAGAAAAUGGAAAAGUUGUAACUUCUAAAAGCAAGUUUGACAGCAAAGUAGAGGCAGCUUCUGCUAAAAUGUACUUCCAUUACUAUGGACAACUGCUGCAUCAACAAAAUAUGUUACAGGAUUAUGUGAGAACAGGAACAUAUUAUGCUGCUGUCAUUGAGAAUCGCACAGACUUUAUUGGCCGUGUAGUGGUUGAUGUGGGUGCAGGUAGUGGUAUUCUGUCACUAUUUGCUGCUCAGGCUGGAGCAAAGCAUGUUUAUGCAGUGGAAGCAUCUGAAAUGGCAGAAUAUGCACAGAAGCUUAUUGCUGGGAAUCCAUCGCUAGCUCAACGGAUCACAGUGAUCAAAGGCAAAGUUGAAGAAGUUGAAUUGCCUGAGAAAGCAGACAUUCUGAUUUCUGAGCCAAUGGGUACUUUAUUGGUCAAUGAAAGAAUGCUGGAAUCGUAUGUGAUUGCAAGAGAUCGAUUCCUUGUCCCUAAGGGGAAAAUGUUUCCAACAAUAGGAAGGAUACACAUGGCACCAUUCAGUGAUGAAUACUUGUAUGUUGAAGUUGCAAACAAGGCCCUCUUUUGGCAGCAGCAGAACUACUUUGGCGUUGAUCUCACUUCCUUGUAUGGAUCUGCAUUUCAAGGAUAUUUUUCUCAGCCUGUGGUGGAUGCAUUUGAUCCAAGGUUGUUGGUAUCACCAGCCAUAUCCCACACAAUUGACUUCACUUCUGUAAAGGAAGAAGAGCUGUACGAAAUUGAUAUCCCACUUAGUUUCAUUGCCUCUGGGGGCACUAGAGUGCAUGGGCUUGCCUGUUGGUUUGAUGUAUUGUUUAAUGGGAGUACUGUACAAAGGUGGCUUACCACUGCUCCUGGUUCACCUACAACACACUGGUACCAACUACGUUGCAUUCUCUCUCAGCCAAUAUAUGUUAUGGCUGGCCAAGAAAUUACAGGACGGUUUCACAUGGUUGCUCAUAAUGCUCAGAGUUAUACUAUAUACCUAACCAUGUCAGCUAAAAUGUAUGGUGCUGGUGCUGAUCAAGGAGGAAUACUUCAGACUUCUUCAUGCAAAUUUGAUCUAAAAGAACCAUAUUAUCGAAUGUCACAACCACAGGCAUACACAUGGUCCCAAGAUCAGCAGCCACAUCAACUAGGUCAUGCACAGGUGGGUUUCCCCUCAAGAUGUUGUAGGACUUUUCAACCGAGACUUCUUGAGCCAACCAAAGAAAAGAGAGAAGGUUAUGUGGAAAGCUAUGAAGGCAACUAUUUGUUAGGUGAUUUGGGAAGAAAGGAAUAACAGAAUAUUCUUGGAGAAGAGUAGAACAAUGGAGGAGGUAAUCAACACCAUUAAAGUUAAAAUAGCUCAUUGGGUAAAAUCUUUGCAUUAUCUUUCAAGACUUCUUAGUCACCGACAUUCUAAGAUCUUGGACAAAAGUAGCACAAUCCUCAAGAGUGAAAGAGAAAGUAAGGAUGGAAUGGAAACCUCCAGAAGGCAACAUGGUUAAAUUGAAUUUUGAUGGAAGCUCUCUUGGAAAUCUGGGACUGUAAGGUAUUGGAGGAAUAAUCAGAAAUUCUGAAAGGAGAAUAUUAGUAUUGUUCUCUGGACCGGUUGGCAUUGGCAACUCUCUAAAAGCUGAGUUAAUGGCAUUGCUACAAGGGCUAAAGAUAGCUAAGCAGCUAGGACUGAGGCAUAUUGAGGUUGAAGGGGAUUCAAGGUGAUCAUCUCUUGGGCUAAAAACAAUAAAAGUACUCCAUGUGGACUU